GGGCAGCGGGUCGCCAUGGCGGCCGCGUGCGCGCUCCCCCGCGCGGCUGGGUGUGCCGCGUGCCGCCCUCUGCCGGCCCCGGGGCGGGGCGGGGGCGGGGCCCGGCGGCGGCAGGAGGAAGUGGAGGCGGCGGCGAAUAGCGGCAAAUGGAGCCGUGAGCGGCGGCGGCGGCGGCAGCGGCAGCGGCGGGCGGACCGACCGACCGGCCGGCGCGUGCUUGUAGCCCCGCAUGCUGCUCCCGUAGGGCUGCGCGGCCAGGGCCACCCUGCCCCGUGCCGGUGCCGGGACGAUGCAGACCUUCCUGAAAGGCAGGCGGGUGGGCUACUGGCUGAGCGAGAAGAAGAUGAAGAAGCUGAAUUUCCAGGCCUUCGCCGAGCUGUGCAGCUUGACCUCACUAAACCAAUUGAGGGCCCACUGGAUGUGAUCAUACAUAAACUGACAGACGUCAUCCUUGAAGCAGACCAAAAUGACAGCCAGUCAUUGGAGUUGGUUCACAGGUUCCAGGAGUAUAUUGAUGCUCACCCUGAAACUAUUAUCUUGGACCCCCUUCCUGCUAUCCGGACACUGCUGGACCGAUCCAAAUCUUAUGAGCUUAUUCGUCAAAUAGAGGCCUACAUGCAAGAUGAGAGAAUCUGUUCACCACCCUUUAUGGAGCUGACAAGUGCCUGUGGAGAAGAUACCUUGCAGCUCAUAGAGAAGAAGGGACUAUCAUUUCCUUUCAUUUGUAAAACCAGAGUGGCUCAUGGAACCAAUUCUCAUGAGAUGGCAAUUGUAUUCAACCAGGAAGGCCUGACAGCCAUCCGCCCCCCCUGUGUGAUUCAGAGCUUCAUCAAUCACAAUGCUGUGCUGUAUAAAGUGUUUGUGGUCGGAGAGUCGUACACUGUUGUGAAAAGACCAUCUCUAAAGAACUUCUCUGCCGGUGUCUCAGAUAGAGAAUCAAUAUUUUUCAACAGCCACAAUGUGUCAAAGCCAGAAUCUUCCUCAGUCUUAACAGCACUUGAUAAAAUCGAAGGUGUGUUUGAGCGGCCAAAUGAUGAUGUCAUCCGGGAGAUCUCCAAGGCACUGAGACAGGCUCUGGGAGUUUCCCUAUUUGGAAUUGACAUCAUCAUUAACAAUCAGACUGGGCAGCAUGCAGUCAUUGAUAUCAAUGCAUUCCCAGGUUAUGAGGGCGUUUCAGAAUUCUUCACAGACCUCCUGAACCACAUAGCUGCUGUCCUGCAGGGCCAGGCCCCAGAGGUGACCAAGGUGAACAACAGCAAACUCCUGGCUGAGCAGACCAGCGGCCUUAUGGGGGAGCGGACAUGCUGUGCUAGCACAGGCUGCCGAAGCGUGGUGGGAAAAGAGUCCUCCUGGAUUGUUGAGAGCGAGACCAACAGCGCGGUAAAGCUGCAGCACCAGAGACUAGGCUGCAACUCUGCAGUCUCACCAAGCUUUCAGCAGCACUGCGUUGCCACUUUGGCAACAAAAGCUUCCUCUCAAUAACCAGCUGAUGCCAUGGACUGAGGAAAAGGCACAGGGAUUCACAUAAUGAUCCCAGAACCAGAGCAGGCUGUAACAACACAAUUACUAAAAAAAAAAAAAAAAAAGAGAGAGAAAGGGGAAAAAAAACAGGAAAAAAAAUCUUCCAUUGAUUUAACCUGAUUUGUUGAUGAAAUGAUCUAAAAAACAAAAGGGGGGGGGGAAGUGAUCUGGAUCCAUUUCAUCAGAUUCCAGUUGCAAAUCUGUAGUGAGUUUACACACACUUGUGUUUUUAACACUAGAUCUUAAUGUGGAGAGGGUUGCUUUUUAGUUAUUGUUUUUCUUUGUAAUCACCAGUUACCAGCAUUUUAGAAUCAGACCUCACGGAAUCAGGAAGAAUAAUGGUGUAGGUGGCAUGCGUGAAUGUGGAAGUGCUAGAGAAUCUUUCCCCUUUUGCAGAUGCUUCACAUUUCCUCUUUCCAGCAUGGCCCUCACAGAAGUACAGCGAGUCUAGCCAUCAUUGCUCAGUCCAGACUUUCAUCAGUCACUUGAUAGAAGUGUAAGGACUGCACAUGAUUUUAAUGGGACAGAACAGAUUACAAUUACUUUUGUUUUCAAAAUGGAGGAGGCAGCUAGUUCCAGCUCUAAGAUUCUUUUCCUUGAGCCAAAUUACCCAAGAUAAAGGCAGCUGCUAAUUGGAUUUGCAUUAUGGCAAUAAGGAACAGUUUCUGGCCCAGAACGGCUAGAGUCUAAAACGGAAAGGGUGCAUGAUACAGCUGUGGGUGUGCCAGGGGUUGAGUGAUUUUUUUAGUGGAGAAAGUAGUGCCCUGUCUUCCUACAGUUUGGUGCAAGACCCUGAGAGCGUUAGUGGUUUCAGUUCAUUCUGUAGCAAAGAAUAUCAUCUGCUAAAUAUCGUUUAUGCUGUGCGAAAGGGCCAGCAAAUGGGUCUACUUCUACUUUCUUAGAGUAGUAAAGCAGCCCUGUGGAUCCUGUGAAUGCAUGGAUAAUUGAGAUUUGAAGCCACUGCUCUCAGUUGAGGCAUGUGAUCCAGAUGUAAAACAUUCUUCUCAGCAGUUAAACACAGGCAAAAUUGGGUGAAGCAGGGCUGUGUGUCUGUUGGUAAUAUAUGAUUGUUCUUUUAAUCUAGAAACUGUUGCUAUCUUGAACCCACAAGCGAGGCUUUGUGGGGUGAUUUUCCAGAGCAGUGUGUGUGUACUCACUGUGAGGUGUAACACGUUGAUUGGACGUUGCAAUUAAGAUGCCACAGGAGACCUGUGAUGUAUAUGAGAUCUUAAACAUGGCAGCAUUUCCUGUACUUCAGAAAUUUCCUGCAGCUCUUGCCAGUUGUGAACACUAAAUGGAAGGUAACUGAAUUGGUCAACCUGUGAGUUUGACACUACUUUGGUGGGGUCAUGGCCUUUCCAUCUUUAGAUAAUUCCUGAACUAUAUUCAAAGUGACACUGUUAAGCAAACUUCACCUUAAUUAAUCUCCUAUCUUACAGAAAUGACAGUUCCUUGUUUUUCUGUUUUUGUACCUUAGGCAUGUAUCACCAUGGCAUCUCAACGGUGUCAGCUUAUUCUUAUAUCUGAUAUUGAUGGACCCUGUGAUGGACAAGGGGGGGGGCGGAUGUGAUACAAAGCUAGGGAGUGGAAAGGCUGGGAAGGAGGAGUGAGUCAAAUCAUUUGUAAGGAGAUCACUGCCAUAAAGUCAUGGUAAUCUGUCAUGGAAAAGUCCUGUAGCAUGUAAUAGGAUUUUAUUAAAAAUUCCUUAAAACAUAUAGAAUCUAAUAGAAAAUAAUAUUUUAGUGCCAUUCAAGGGAACUCUAUAGCAGGGAUUCAAUUUAUAGAAUACUUAAAAGCCCGCCCCCCCCCCCAACCCAACAAAACAACCCUUUAGGAGAAUUAUUAGUUGUACAUUCUCUAAAACUUCUUUUGUACAGGGCUUCAAGUGUCAGGUGUUUGUAUUAGAUUUCAGAGACAGAUAUGUACAAACAGGCGUGUAGCAAAGGCCCUGCAUUUGUGUACAAAUCUAUUCUGAAUCAUGCACCUGACACAACCCUAGGUUAUUCUGAGGCUUCUGAAUAGUUGCUGAAUGCCACAGGUUACUUUAUUUUGCAGGUCUCAUGAUUGGUGGUGGUGUGCGAAGUGUAUGCCCUUAGCCAAGCGUUUCUAAAAGUAUUUAUGACAGACCAGACCUUUCCUAAAUCCGUGACUGAAAUAAAAUUGACAUCCAAAGUUGUUUUGUUUUUCAAAUCUCUUGUGUUCAAUAUGCAACAAAGAUUCCCUCAGGAAGGACACCGUCAGCGUGUGCUUUUGUAUGAUACUUUCAUGUAACCAGCUGGUUGAGUGUUUGUGGACUUGCCAUUUGUUCCCUUUAUAAGAAUGGAAAUAUUUUAAUUGGGUAAUGAUGGUGGGAAAUGAUGCUAAAUCUGGUUUAGUAACUCAAGACUUUUCAAACUAACUAUGUUUACAUGAAUCUGAGUGUUGGAUCCAAGUAAAAUGUCUGUAUGCUGUUUCCUAGUUAUAACAUUGAAUAAGAAUUUAUUUUCCUGGCUGCCUUUUGAAUUUUGGUUGGCCUAUAUUGCACUGCUUUAUUUCUCCAAAAUAAACUACUGAAAUCUAAUUUGCAUUUUACACUUGUUUACAAAUAAUUUUUAAACAUUUAUUUUGUAAUUCUCUGAAGUUUUACAAAAUACUUUAUUUAAAUAUGUUCCAGAAGUUGGCAAUAACUAGAAAAUGAGUUUAUUUCACUAGCUUGAUCCUGACCAAUGUCUUUCCCUUAGUCUAUAAUUUAUUUUAUUUAUCAAGUUUAUUGCUAUCAUUUUAAUUUACUGAGCACCAAUAUCAUGCAAAUGUUUUUUAAUGCCAUGGCAUUAUAAUGAGGUUUCCAGAUAAAUACCAUGUAAUAUACCUAAAAGUAAGUUUUUCUUCGAUUUUAUUGAGUUACCACUUUGAUAGUACACCUUUGCUGAUGCCAUUGAACUGGGAAACCAAUGGUGAGCUUCUGACAUUUGUUAAUUCCUCCUUAUCAGAACAGAGGCAAUAAAAAUGCAAGGGUUCUUCUGUACGAAGUAUUCAAGCACUUAACAUGUAAUAUGUGUCUAAGUCCAUAGCUAAUGAUCAAAGCACUUAAGUAUAUGCUUAAGGUUGAACAUAUCUUAAGUGCUUUACUUUAUUUGACAAGGCUAGAUGACUUUUAAUUAUGCUUGUACUUCAUAGUACACUAGUUAGUGUUCUGUAGUAUUUUGUAAAAGUAAUGAAGUCUUAGUAAUAUUAGACCUCACUAGAGUAUUCUAGCUAUCGCAUCCUUGCUGAGGAUUGGGGGAAACUUCCAUCUUAUGUAUAUGGAAAAAGGGAAUGUGAAUCAGUGAGGUUCUGCUGUGUUUUUGGAGGCUUAGACAUUAUCAUUGUGUUGACUGGUAGAAUCUCCAUAGUAAUUAUAUUCUAAUAGUCAAGUUACCCUGUAAAAGUUAAAUUCAGUUCUGUUGUACUCUUGUAAACCUGCACUAACACUCUAAUUUCACUGAAGUUUUUUCCUGGUUUAUGACAGGAUAAUGGAGCAGAAUUAACUGCGAAAAUCAAAAUCUUGGUCCCCUGGAAAUCGGUGAUAAUUUUGUAAUUGGUCUCAAAACAUGAAGAUUAGUCCCAGUGUGAAGAAAACUUGCAUGGUAUUGAAUAGCCUGUAAUGUAAAGCAAAGCCAUUACCUUCACCCAUUUGCCCCAACCAGCUUUGAUGCAUGCUUUGCUUUAUAAUGGUUAUAUCGCAUUACUCAGUUCAUUACUCAAAGGCCAGUUUUAAAAUGCGUUAUGACUAUGAUGAUCAUCAGUGUUUAUUUUUGUGGUUAGUGAAAUAGAGCAUACCCUUGGGAUAUGCCAUUUUGCCUUUUGGUUUAUCUGUGUCUGGGUAUACAAAGCCUGUGUGCUGUAUGUAAGUGCUGGUUGAUUGGGCUGGUGGACUGCUACAAUCCAUUUUAUCCAUGGAUGGUAGAUUUGUAAAUGUAGGGUGUUUUAAUGCAAAUGACAAAGCAUAUUACAGAUCCCGGUUCUGAAUGCAUGUGCGCUUCUGUGUAGGAGGUCUAUUAAAUUUUUGUGUAUUCUUCUGUAGUAGGUUGUUCAGACAGAAAACCACUGAUUAAGUGGUUUGUUUGUUUUUUAAAUACAUGAAUUCAUUUUAAGGACCUGAUCCUACUACCUGAACAGGAGUUGCAGAUUCUAAGGAUUUCUCAGUAUAAGGCUCCAGAUUCUCCAAAUAACUUGGGACUAUAUCCAACCUGGAAACAGCUGGAUUUUUAGCAGAGGAAUCAGUGACAAGAUAUUGCCCAAAAGCAACAGAGUAAAACUGUCAAAGGCUUUAGCUAUCACUGGUCUAAUACUUUUACUCCAGUGAAAAAGCUUUCUAAACUUGCCAGCUUUUAAGCAAAACUUUGCUUCAUAAACCAGUUGAGUGGCAGCAAUGGCAAGUGAAUCAGACCUUUAAAAACUGACUAGUAGCCACAGCCUUUGUAGUUGUUCAGAAAAUCUUGUUCUGAAAUGCAUAGACUCUUAACUGAUAGCAUUUGAGCCAAUGACAUUUGUGCAUAAUUAGAGGAAUGCACUUUCAUUACUUUUCUAACUUCCAUUUCUUUUUCCCCUCAUUUUUAGUAACAGCGAUAAUCUUUUCUUUGAGAGGUAGUUAGCCCUAUUAAUCUGAAGUCAGGCAGAAAGCAGGGUAGAUUCUCACCUUGUAAACUAACUAAAUCAGAGAUGCUGUCCUUUCACAGCAUUUGAUGAAAUAAGCCUGCAGCUUACUACUUAUAAAAGCUCAUGUUAUACAUCUCCCCUGCCUUCUGUCUUUCUUUUCUUAGUCAUGUUGUGUGAAUUUGUUUAUGACUUGGCAACCAUAACCAUUUUUUGCAUCCUCUUAAUCUUAAAAAAUAAGAUAAAUAGAUUAAAAUAAUUAUUUCCUUUAAAUGUUCCUCUCUCUCAGACUCAGCAUUCCAAAUAAGACUACUAAUUUAAUUGGCAACUUCUGCUUCAGUGCAAUUUCAUAUGGGGGUCUUUCCUCCAGAAGAGUGGGGUCUUUCCUCCAGAAGAGUGGCUCCUAUGCCCUUCCCUCUUCUUUUUCUGCCUGUUCUAUGGAUCUCAACCUUUGAAUGCUGAACUUUUUGAUUUAAUGUGGCUGCCUAAAGUGAAGUGAAUCAAAUCAUAAAAGAUUUUAGGGGGUGAUCCUUAGCAAGGCCAUGAUUCACUAGAACUGUUAAUUCUAGUGAAAUAGAGGGAAGGUUGUGUGCUUGAUGGUGUUUAGAUUACACUGAACCUCUGCUUACAGUGACACCUUUCCUGUGGAGGGGAAGAAAGAUUUAACUGUCAGAUGAUCCCCCAUGUGUGUCUGUGUACAGACUUGAAACAGGAAGAGGUUUUAAUUUCUAAAAACCUUGAGUGAAAUCUUGGUGUCAUUUGAAGCCAAUUGAAGCUUUGCCAUUGACUUCAGUGGGGCUAGGAUUUCACUUCCCAUCCUGGAAUCCAUUGAAGUUGAUGUAGCAUAAGGUAUGUCUAUACUAUCCCAACAUGACACCAUGGAGUGCCAUAUGGAGACAUGUGGUGGACCCACUACCUCCCUAGCUGGAAGCAGUUUAGCUUCCUUGGAGUGUGAUGCUUUAUGCAUGCCAAUAAGCGCUGUUUUACAGAGCUUACACAGAUGAUUGGCUUUCACACAACAGUACAGUAAGGUGACUACACCUUUUCCAGUUCAAGACAUAGCAUUCUCCAACUGGGCAUGGCAUAUCCCUGUAUGAUACUUCCUGGGGCUUCCCUAGACUGGUGCAGAAAUAUCCUCUUAUGGGCCAUGUGACACCAUUGGACUUGGAACUUGUAUUGAGUCUACUUGUUAUUUAUUUGCAUGGAAAGGGAAAAUAAAUGGCAAAAAUCCAAAUUCCUUUGCUCAUGCCAGGCUCUUUGUUUUGCUGUUAUAUUUCAUUGUUGCCUGGGAAAUCAGUGGAAACUCCAGAAACAGCCAUAAUUGAAUGAUUGGAACUCUUGAAAAUCAGGUCUUCCCAGUUAAUCAUUUUAAGGAAAUCAUAUAUUCUUUUAUCUUGCAUUCUUUCUACAGUAGUUUUCAGAUAUAAAUUAUGUUAACAUUUUGUGUGAAAAGGCGCAUAUAUAUAAAAAAAAUUAUGAAAGGGCACGUGUACUUUAAGUAUGAAAUAGCAAGUUUCUGUUUUAGAUGUUAGGAGCCCAUAAGAAUGAGUGGGGUUGUUUAUCUCCUGUAAAAAGUCAGUGCUGUAAAGAAAAAUAUUGUAUUAGAUGUAUUUUUUUUAAGUUAUUUCUUUGGAUUGUUUAUUCAGUAUUUUAUAUGGCUCACAUAUAUCCCUGUGAGAAUCACAUACCCCACUGAAUGCCAACAUUCUCCUCAAACAUAAUCCCUUAGGAUCCCACAGCUUUAAGAAAAAUAUUCCUUCAUGUGUGAAUGGAGUUGUAUGCCCUUCUUUGUCCUUGGCAUGGUUAAAAUGUAGAGUUCCCAGUCCAGUGCCACGAGUUUGGGACCAUUCUGAUUUUAUUUAAUUUUUUUUUGUUGUGAUGAGUGUCACGAGUAUAACAACACACAUGCAUAAAUCCAGCUUUAUAGUGUUAACAAGUGUGUGUGUGUUGUGAUUUUGCUUCGGUCCUGUUCACAAAUGACUUAUGAAAAUAAAACAAGUUUUGUACUUAAUUUGUAUAUAAGUAUAUAAAAUUUAAAAAAAAUCAUGGCUUACUGUAAAAACCAAAAAUACAUGCUCUUUUUGGCUUUUUACUUUACUGCAUGACAGAAUACAUGUGAUGAUGACAGUGAAGAUGGUGCUUUCUAACACCAUUUAUUUCAAUGGCAACUUAUCCCAUUUCUUCAUUUGCCAAGCACAUGUGAUGGACAAUAUUUUGGUUUUAACAGUAGAGUAUUAUGCAGUAAGUAUUGUAUUGUUAUUUCUGUAAUUGUUUUGGAGACAAAACUGUCCCUUUGCAACACAUAAUGAAAUAAAUGCCUUACAACAUCUCUCA